GGAGGCUUCGGGUGGGAGGUAAGAGAAAGAAAAAGAACUGAGAAAGCAAAGAGAGAGAGAGACUCUGAAGCUCUGAAAAAACUGUAGAGGUUUCCUGGAGAAGAAGCUACUGCAAAUCCAGAAUGGAUGUGAUUAAAACACAGCAAAUCUCAUUGACGCCGAUCGAGAAGGUGAUAGUUCACCCUCUCGUUCUCCUCAGCACCGUCGACAACUACAACCGUGUCGCCAAGGACACUCGUAAGCGCGUCGUCGGGGUUCUCCUCGGCUCCUCCUACCGCGGCACCGUUGACGUCACCAACAGCUACGCUGUGCCCUUUGAAGAAGAUGACAAGGACCCUAGCAUCUGGUUUCUUGAUCACAACUACCAUGAAGCCAUGUAUUCCAUGUCAAAGAGAAUUAAUGCAAAGGAGCAUGUUGUGGGAUGGUACAGCACAGGCCCAAAGUUGCGAGAAAAUGACUUGGAUGUUCAUAAUUUGUUUACCGACUAUGUUUCGAAUCCUGUCUUGGUAAUAAUUGACGUCCAACCUAAGGAGCUGGGAAUACCUACAAAAGCUUACUGUGCUGUUGAAGAGGUUAAAGAGAAUGCUACCCAGAAAAGCCAGAAGGUGUUUGUUCAUGUGCCCUCUGAAAUUGCUGCCCAUGAAGUUGAGGAAAUUGGAGUGGAACACUUGCUUAGAGAUGUGAAGGAUACAACCAUUAGCACUCUUGCAACAGAGGUAACUGGCAAACUGACAGCUCUGAAGGGAUUGGAUGCAAGACUCCGAGAGAUCCGGGGUUAUCUUGACCUCGUUAUUGAUGAGAAGCUCCCUUUGAACCACGAGAUUUUGUACCACCUACAGGACGUGUUCAACCUUCUUCCAAAUCUUAAUGUUUCAGAGUUAAUCAAGGGCUUUGCAGUUAAAACAAAUGAUAUGAUGUUGGUCAUAUAUCUGUCCUCCCUCAUCCGAAGUGUUAUUGCUCUUCACAACCUGAUUAACAACAAGAUGCAAAACAAGGAGCACGAAAAGGCAGAAGACUCUAAACAAGUUACUGUACCAGCUGCAGCCAGCUAGAACAAUUUAAAACUUUGGACUUCAAGGGAUGCAAACAUCCAAUGCGUACUUUCAGUUCAUUCCAUCAAUUGACAUAUUUCAAGUUUGAAAUGGAGGAAUGCAUAUAGAACUUGCCUGAUGGUGCUUACCUUUUUCUGAACAAUGAUGUCUGGGUUAUCUAUUGAAAUUGGAUAAACCAUCUUGUACUUUAAUUUGAGUUUUUUUCCAUCGUGUUUAUCCAUGUUACUCUCAACCUUAUGAAGCAGCUGGUCUAAGUCCAAGGCAAACUCAUUUUAUUAUACAAUUGAAACUGCAAUUCAUGCCAUGUUUACAUUCUGGGUUUCUGUAACUCUAUCAUCCUCAUAAAUUACAAACAAAAUGUCAGGUUCUUCGCUC